AAAACGUAAACAUUGUGGGAGGUCGCUAAUAGCAACUAUGCUAAAACAAACGCGUGUGUUGUUUACCUGUCUUUUUAUUUAUUUAUAAUUCAAAAGUUGGAGAAACCUACAAGUGGUUUAACUCAUUACAAUCAAAGACUUGAAUUGGUUUAGUCUGAGCUACAGUCUGUUAGCAUUUUUAUUUUGGGAUUGCUGGGAUAAUUUAGCUUGCCGUUAGUUAGCUACCUGUUUAAUGCGGGCUCUGGAUAUCUUUUUUUUUUUUUUUUUUAAUAAAAGAGAGGUUUCGACUCGUUUCUCGUUUAUAUUCCUUAGACUCACUAAGUUUGAUCAUUUUUUGGGUCUUGUUUAAGUUACAGAGCCAGAUAAGCGCUAACUAGAUAAAUAAAAGAUGUGCCAGUGACCAUUAAUGCUAACAGUUGCUAACUGAGUAAUGUUGGUACUGAGGCGUUUGUUUAGCAAACUUUGAAGCAAAUUAUUCUUGUUAAGUAAGCAGUAUAUUAAGGCACUCUAUACAAUGGAAGACUACGAGGAAUUUAUCCAAAGACAAGCCAGCCACAUACGGAGUAACUUCCCUGAAAAGUCUGAACCAGAAAUCAGCCCGCCGUCAUCGACCAUAAGAUUUCACGGCUUGCCCAUUCUGCCUCCUCUGCUGAACAAAGAUCAGAAGGAAGAAAUGCAAAGCUUGAGAGAAGCAGCCUCUAAUCUCACAAAUAAGAGGAAAACAUCACUGUCUCGGGUGUCUUACGUACAGGCCAUACUAGAGAGUGUUCAGCUGCGAAUGGUUCCAACCAUUGAAGAGUUUAAGGAGGAGACAGGACCAGAAAAUACAUUAAACACUAAAUGCCAAAGUAUCAGUUGCAUCCCUGCAGGUAAAAAUGAGUAUAAUACAGCUACUGAAAGCCACAGGAAAUCAUCCUCCUUUACACUAACUCAACAAAUGCCUAGUGAGAAAAUGGCAGUAAUGGAAAGCCACCCUCUGACAUCUACAGCUUGUGAUGGUCAUGCAGCUUUAAGCCUUAGACCUUUUGAAGGAGAAGAUUCUUUAGAGAGCAGCCACACAACUGUUCUGUUUGGUGAUCUACCCGUGUUUGGUCACAGGCUGGAGCGAGCUGUUGAGACAAACACAGAUUAUGGGAUUGACUCUUCCUCAUUGACUUACUCAGAGAAACACUCCCAUAUAGAUGCUAGCCACCAAGGGCUGUCCUCUGGAUAUGUGACUAAUGAAACCACCGACAUCACCCCUAGCUGGAUUAACAGAACGGAUGACAUCAGAAAAGAUCCAGAAGGCAGGCAGUCACAUGGUGUUGAAGUUGUAUUAAAUUCCUCAAACCUGUCUAAUAGGACUGGUAACAUCAUCAGCCACACUCCAGUAGAUGGAGAGGUCCUGGAGGAGGAGUAUGUAGUCUUGAACAAUACACAGGUCGAUGAGCUUGCAGAGCCAGUAAACUUGGCAGUGGAGCCAGAGCCGGCCGAAGGACCUUACCGCAUGAGUCUGCAGAAUCUUUUGAAGAAAUCUCAAGAGCAUCGGCGGCGUCAGCGCCUCCUGCGUAACCAGGCAAAGGCUUUGAAAGCCAAUGAGGCUGGACAUGCCAAUGAACACAGCCUCUCGGAUAAGGAAAAUGAGGGAUGGCUGCCAGGGGACACUGGGAAAACUGAGGUCAGGAGAACCAGUGAGAAUCAAGGGGAGGAUCAUUUAACAGAUCAAGAUCCCCAGCAACACAAACAAGGUGGAGGGAGAGAGAGUGUGGAGCCUUGUGAAGUCGUCCACCAACACACAGAUUGCCUUAAUCUCACUUCAGCCACAAACAGCAUGGGGCGUACAAAUGGAAAAGCGUCAGCUUUCUCAAACCGUCCAAAUAUAGCUGUCAGUCCCACUCAAUCCACUUCAGCAAAAUCUCUUUACCAGUCCAAGGGCAAGAAAAUGGGCAGCAUGCUGCCCAGACCCUGCCUAACAGGAAAUAAAAAAUAUAAGAAUGUCCCGACUCCCAAGUUUUGCUUAAGCCCAGUGCGUAGUAAAAAAAGCACUGCCACGUCUGCCUCAGUCAGAAAGGCCGUGGUCAAGAUGCCUGCCUGUGUAGAUGACGAAACAAGGCCAAAUCCAUGUGGGCAAAGCAAAAGCAGAGCUGUGAGUCUCCUGCCAGGGACUGAGGGAUGCUCGCCUUUGUGUAAGAGCAUGAAUCAGGCCAAACAGAUUGCGCAACUGGAGCUUAACCUGUCAAGCCUUAAAGUUCUAAUCUCCGAUUUGGAGUCUACACUCGCAGAGUCGCAGGCACACAGUCCCACAGAGGCAGCCGAUAACCCCCGGCAAACCCUACUUUUGGAAAGCGACUCUCUGCCAGCUAGUGAAGGAAAGUCUCCGCGUGCGGUUACCUUACGUGAGCCUGUGCAGCAGAAAGUUCUAGGUAAGGGUCGUGGGAAACAGCCAGGGAGUAAACAGCGUGAGCUGCCACAACGCGUCACCUCUCUGGUGCAGAAAAUGAGAGUGCCGGAGGUGUUCUGCACUAUCAGUGGCUCAAAGCAGCUCUCCGAGACGACCGCUGUCCUUACAAAAACCAACAAUCAGCUUGAAGAGAGGAAUAAUGCCUUGGGCGACAAAAAGAAAGCAUCUGAAAACGUGGAAGACUCCCUAAACGGCUCGUCUCUUAAUCGGUCAUAUGAUGUGGACACGCCCUCGGGACUGUGGUCCCAGUCCGGGCCCAGAGGAAAGCAGCUGACCCCAGAGCUGGGCGGGCAAGAAGGGGUGUCGCGUGUCAAACGUAGGCUGCAAAUGAACACCGUGGACGGAAACAUGUUGGUCCAACAGAGCGAUGAGGAACGACCUCAAUCCAGUACACCUAUAGCGAUGCAGAGGGCCAUUCAGGAGCUACAGAUGAGGGAUGAGCAUGGCACGCAGGUAAAAGCUCUGAUGGAGGAGCAGCGCAGACAACAGCACGAGCUGCUGCAGUCUCUGGCGAUGAAGUACCAGUUUCUCCGGAGCGUGUCCUUCCCAUGUCCCAGCUCAGGAUCACGUCUGGAGGACAUGACAACCUCCUGUCUCUCCUCCUCCCCUGUUUCUGUGGGGCUGGGCUCUUCUUCCCAUCCACACGAACUCUUGCUGUCUGAACUGAGUGCGAUGUCCUACUCGUUGCACAUUUCACAGUCCCGUCUCCCUCUGUGUCAUCGCCCCCUGGUGGCAGCAGCUGUGAAAGGCUACCUGACCCGCAGGCUUCUUCGUACAGAGAGAGUAGCUCAGCUCAUCAGAACCAUUAAGGACACUCAGCUGUUCCUCCAGGGCUUUCAGCCUCCCACACCAGGCAGAGAAUAUGGCAGCAAACAGGACCGAGUCCUACAAGAGAGAGUCACACUACAGUUGCGCUCGGCGCGGUACGAGCUGCACGACCUCUUCUUCAGUGUGUGUCCUGCCGAGCGCAUGCAGGUGAUCAGCUGGGACCGACAGCUGACCAGAGAGAGGGAGCUCAGACGUAAGGAGAGUAUAGAGCUCCAGGGCAGAAGGAAAGGUUCUCUGUCUGCUGCCACCAGGAAAGCCUUGGAGAGGAAGAGGACAAUAAUGUUACAGAAGAAAGCGGCAGAAGGGACAAAGCCGGCAGUGGGUGCAGAGGGAAGAUGGACGUUUGUGCCAAACCCACGCAGACUUCCAAAGAAGACUACUCCGUUACGGCGCAGGUGAAGAGCUUACACUUCUGCUGCACACACACACAGACGCCAACACAGCAUGGGGCCUUGCUAGAAUAUCACCAUGUCAUGUUUAAUGACACAAUGCCUUUAUUUAUUUAUUUUUUUAGGUUAUGUGUCAAAAUUUGGAAAAGUUUCCUAUUUAUUCAUCGUGCCAAGUUUAAUGUGAAAUGUGGGGAAAUACACUUGCAAAUUGACAGGCUGUCGUCAAUGUAUUUUUUUUUUUUUUACUGUCAGCUUUAUGUUGACUUGCUUAAGUCUUAACUUAUUUUGUAUUUGCAUCUGUCCACAUUCUAAUAAAUAGUUGUGCUAACA